UCUGGGUGAUGAACUCUGGCUGGUUAUGGAGUACAUGGAUGGAGGUGCCCUGAGCGAUGUCAUCAAUGAGACUCACAUGUCUGAAAGAGAGAUUGCAGCCGUCAGUCGGGAGUGCCUGCGAGGACUGGAUUUUCUUCACUCCAACCACAUGAUCCACCGAGGUCUGAAGAGCUGCAACAUCCUUCUCAGAACCGAUGGCUCUGUCAAACUGGCUGACUUUGGCCUCUUUGCUCAGCUCACUCCUGAGCAGAGUAGACAGAGCUCCGUGGCCAGCACUUCUGGGUGGAUGGCGCCUGAAGUGGUGACAGGUCAGCCAUAUGGCCCCAAAGUGGACAUAUGGUCUUUUGGAAUCGUGGGCAUUGAAAUGGUGGAAGGAGAAGCUCCUUACUGGAAAGAAACUUCUGGCAUGGUAAGGAGCAAAUACUGACUGAUCCCUCUGUCUUUCUCACCUGUCCCGUGUUCUGUGUGCCACUGGACAAAAUCCCGUUGCCAUCUGCUGGCACCACUUCCACCAGAUCCCCUCCUAAAAAUGUCCCUGCAGCACAUCAGCAUCUGCUGUAGCUCUGGUUGCAUCAGAAGGGAAGUGGCAGUUCAGAAACCUAAGCAGUUCAGACACCUAACCAGUUCAGAAACCUGCCAUUUAGGCCUCCAGCCAUGCCUGGAAUUUCUCAUUUGCUUUUUGAACAGUGUUGGAGCUCUGUCUCUGAAGGACAAAAAUUUUUCAGUGGAAUGGUUGGAUGUGUGGUAAAUAUCCUUCAAAAUGGAGGUUCAAUCAUCCUAGUUUCAAUUGUAUGGAAAAAGAAAACUGGAAAUU